AUGUGCACCCGCUCGUCUGUCUCCCCGCGACCCGCCCGCCGGCCUUUUUUUACGUCCCGUCCAUCAGGCGGCGCUAUCGGCGGUGCCAUAUCGCGAGCUUGCAGGAGCUCAUCGGUGGCGUCGCGAAGCCGCGGCGACAACGUAGGAGGCAGAAGGGUUAGGGCUCGCAGCGGGGAGAGUGGCGGCGGCGCCGACGGAGUGUUUUCGGCCGUGAACGUGCAUCCCCGAAGGUGGAGCGAGUCGGACGGGAACGUCGGGGGCCCGUGCGGCGUGCGGCGUAGCAGCAGCGUCGGUGUUCGCCGUUCGAUUUCUCUCGCUUGCGUGGCUCCCGGCCCGGCAUCAGGAGAAUCUUCGGCAGCAGGAGGACGAGGAGGAGGGGGUAUGCCGGCGUCGUCGUCGUCGUCGUCGGCGAGCCACCUCUCUCCCUCUCGCGCUAGUUCCACCUGGGCCCUGUCGCGUUCCCCGUCCCCUCGCCGCCCGCCAACACGAACGCCUCCUUCAGCAGCAGCAGCAGCAAUUGUCCCGAUCUCCUCACCCUCCUCCUCAUCGGCUCUCUCCUCGUCCGCUUCCUCGUCUCCGACAUCGCCGGCCGAUGGCAACAACAACGUCAGCAGCAGCAGCAUCAAAGACGACGACAAAGGGUGGCCGGCUCCACACCCCUCCCAGGCCUACGUCGCCAAGGCGAGGUGCGGGCAGCGGUACGAGCACGACGUGGAGACGGGGGGGGCGACGCGGAUAAGAGCGGUGGUGUCGGACCUGGACGGGACUCUGCUGGGGCCGGACAAGCUUGUGUCCCCCACCACUCUGGAGGCUGUUCGAAAGGCUAGGGCCAAGGGCAUCAUCUUCGUGCCCGCGAGCGGCCGCUCCAAGUUGGGCAUGAUAUCCGUCAUGGGGGAGUUGGGGCAGGAGCUUCAGAGAGACGGCUCCCCGAUCGUGUGCAUGAACGGCCUGACGGUGUACGGGCAGGGAGACGGCAACGGUGAUCUGGGCGAGAUCAUUCACAGCGAGCUCAUGUGCCCGGAGCUAGCGGCCAGGGUUGUAGCGUUCUGGAAGGCUCACCCCUUGGCGGAGGCGGCGGGCGUCUCCUUGUGCGGGAGCGAGGGGGAGACCAUUGUCGUAGAGACCCUUGAUCCUCGGACGAGCAGCUUUCCUGACUGGGGGGAGCCGUUGCCGAAGGAGGUGGGCAGCUGGCAGGAAGCGAUCGCCGGCGGCAUGGGGCUUAACCGCCUCUACUUCUGGGGGCCAACUCGGGCGGCCGUCGAUGCCUUUGAGGAGGACCUUAAAGAGCAUCUCCAGGACCACCCGGCAGAGUUGACGAGAGGGGUGCCUGAGAUGAUUGAAGUCUUGCCACACGGGGCCUCCAAAGCAGUAGGUCUGGAGGCCCUCCUGAAGACGCUAGGCGUUUCCCCCGAAGAGGUGAUCGCCGUGGGCGACAUGGAGAACGACGUGGAGAUGCUGCGGAGCGUGGGACACGGGAUCGCGAUGGGACAGGCCUCCCUAGAGGUGCGGCGGGCGGCGAGGUUCACCGCCCCCACCAACGAGUUGCACGGAGUCGCCGUCGCACUGGAGACAUUCUGCGGCAUCUAGGUGCCGCUGCCGCUGCCGCCCCCCCCCCCGCUUCACCGCAGGUGCUACGCGGAGUCGCUGGCAACCACCUGUGCACAUUCGAACGUAGUAUGAUAGUACCACAGUUUUUUAAACCCUUGUUGUUGUGUCGUUUUUUUUGUCGUUUUUUUUUGUUGUCGUUUUUUUUGUCGUUUUUUUUUUGUUUUCCUCUGCGCGUGCGCAUGAUUUAUUUUUUGUUGUUGAUGAUGUCUUAUUUUUAGACACUUCUGUACACAAUCACAGUAUUUUGUCCAUCGAUUGCGCGGUAAACCGCCUGCCGUCAUUGACGACAUAAGAACUUCGUUCUUCGUGGGGCGAAGAAUGCGAAGAAACGAAUGUGUUGCAGUCUGUUGCGGUCCCCCACCGGGAGCCCGCGGAGGGUACUGAGCCAAGUGGCCCCGCCCCCCCGGAUUCAGCGCUUGCCUGUGUGUGUGUGUGCAUGGCCUCGGCCGCGCUAUCCGACUGACGAAUGAAAACACAUCAGCCUCAAGCCGGCUGAAAAACAGAAAACGCCUGUGAAUUCCAUGAUCUGGUGCCCGUCAUGGGGAAGGAAGGCUAAGCUCGUCUCCGUAUUAACGGCCGAAACCGUAGCAAAAGAAAAAAUACUUCACAUGUGUGAGCUGCACGGAAAGUUCCGUCUCCGUGUGUGUUUGAGUUCUGAAUCCGUUUGGCGGAGUGACAUUUUGAUCUUGGCAUGAGUGUUUUGAAGAGAAGAUGUCCAUAUCAGUGUGUCAUUGAAGGCACCCUCGGUUAUGUAUGUAGAUCUGUGCGGGCAGAGUAGUGAUGAUUCUUUUUCUAUUUUUCUGCACGUGAAAUGCGGGUCGACAACCAUGACCGCUUCGCGGCCUCUGCCACGAUCGUAAGCUUUCGUGCCCAGAGGUGUUUCAUUUGCCCGUGACUCUUGUGUGCCAUUUGCGUUGUGUGGGCUCGUGUG